AGCACUUUUCUCGUCCCACACCCAUGUGAGGCACCAAUAACAUGGGCUAAAUUACCAGCACCUAUUUGCUGCAUCCCCUGCCAGAGCCUGUACUCCCCUGUUUAUGGCCCUGACCUAACAUCCCAUUCUCCCCCAGCCAUGAUCCCAAAUCCGGCACUUUGAAAACCCUCAUCCCGCUUUUCUCACGAGACUGUGGAGCUUCACCCGUGGAUUGGAUGGGGACGACAAAGAGGAACAUCUUUUCCUGAGUGGGAUUUAAGAUCACCUGGGUGAAACCGUCCAAAUAAGAUUACACAAGCAAAAUCAAAGGACAUUCGGCUGAAGUACCACCAUGGCUCAGGCAACUAAAGGUCCCGCAGUGAAGCCCAUCUCUCCCACCUCUGUAGAUGACCCGACUAGGGCAGCACACCCAGACUCACUUACAGCCCGGAGCCAUGGAAUUUUACGAAUCAUGAAUCGCCCGGCACAAUGGGUGGUCAUCAUCACACUUCUGAUCUCUUGGUCAAUAGCAGGUGUUGUCAUGUUUGACUUUGUCAGUGACGAUCAGAUUGCAAGCAUCCAAGAUUUCGGCUCUGAUCCAGUGCUAGCAGUGAACAAAGCCAUUGAAGUCAUUGAAAACAGGAUAAAUCAUAUGAAUGACAUGUUUAAUGAUGCUCAAGAGUACGUCACUGAAAUAAUAUUUAAUCCGGUGGAAGCUAUUAGUUCAACUGCUGACUCAUCUGUGUCUUAUCUGUCAGGAAUAUUUAGUGCCGAUGGAGAUUUAGGAAUCACUGAAACAGUGAAAUAUGGGGGCACUGUAUUGGAUGAGGCUACAGAAUGGAUCAGAUCCCCAGUGAGCUACGUAUUCCACUUAUUUGAAGACAUUUUGGAUAUAGUGGUUGCUCCAGUGGAUAUGGUCAGUGAAGCUCUUGUGCAAAUGUUAAGUGGGAUCAAGACUGUUAUACUUUAUAUUUCCUCCAUGUUUGGGGGCAUUGAAGGGUACACAGGCAUCACUGAAACAGUGAACCUUGGUGGCACUGUACUGGAUGAGGUUACUGACUGGAUUAGAUUCCCAGUGGCCUACUUAUUCCAUUUAUUUGAAGAUAUCCUGGAUGUAGCAAUCAUUUAUCCAGCAGACAUUGCCAGUGAAGCAGCUCUGCAAAUUUUAAGUGGGAUCAAGAACAUUUCUUCAACCAUAUUCGGGAACCUUGAAGCUUGGUUUCCCAAAACGAGCACUGAUCCUGCGGGGCUGGCUGAAAUAGUUGUAGAGGAGGCUGCAGAAGUAAAGACCACUGUUUCUAAUUACCUAUCAAGUCUGUUUGCAGCGGAUGAAGGUGGUAUUUCUGACAUUAGCUUUGAUCCCAUGAAAGUUGUCACAGACACUGUUGAGGAGUUUGCUGACAGGAGGGAUAUGUUCUUGGCUUAUCUCUCAAACAUGCUCAUGGAAGACAAAGAUGACACACCGCAAGUGGUAAGACGAAAAGGAGAAUUUCUGCCCCCUAUGGAAAAAGUUGCAGAAAUACUAGGCAAAACACAGGACCCUGCCUAUGCUGCCUACAUUGCUGUGAGAUCCACACACAGUACUAAACAGGAAAUAAAAGAGGUAGAAGCCGCUGAAGAUACAACUGAAAAAGCUCAAGAUGUUGUGGACGUUCCAAAGGAUGAAGGGAUGGUUGAAACGGCUUUGGGCAGCUCUGAUGUCACAAUUGAAGACGAUGAGGUUGCCUCCGAUGACAUGGAGGAGGAUAAAACUGCUGGAACAGUUGAAGAUAUUGCAGAUGUCACAGAAGAGGAACCUUCUGUUAUGCAAGAAGACAUAGAUGGGGAAACAGAACCUGAAAAGUUUGAGGUUAUCUCUGAUUUUGCAGAGGACGACUCAACUGAUAUGACUUCUGAUGCUACAGAUGUGAAGGACAUGGAUGAUACCUCAGAUUUUGCAACAGCAGGUGAUGAAGUUACUGAAACAGUUGAAGAUAUUUUGGAUGUUACAGAAGAGGAACUUUCUGUUAUGGCAGAAGUCAUGGGUGAGGAAAAAACAACUGAAAAGGCUGAAGAUAUCUCAGAUUUUGUAGAUGAUAAAUCAACUGAAAUGACAUCUGAUGCUACAGAUGUUGACGCUGCCUCAGAUGAUAUUAAAGAGGAGGAAGAAGUUACUGAAACAGCUGAAGAUGCAGAUGUAACAGAGGAGGAACCAUCAGAUAUACCAGAAGUCAUAGAUGAGGAAACAGCGACUGAAAAGGUUGACGAUAUCUCAGAUUUUGCAGAGGACAAAUCAACUGAAAUUACUGAAUCUGAUGAAUUUGAUGCUACAGAUAUGAAAGACACUGACAAUACCUCAGAUGUUGUUACAGAGGAAGAAGUUACUGAAACAGUUGAAGAUGUAGAUGUUACAGUGGAGGAAACAUCUGAUAUUCCAAAAGUAAUAGAUGAGGAAAUAACAACAGAAAAGUUUGAAGAUAUCUCUGAUUUUAAAGAGGACGAAUCAGCUGAAAUGACCUCCGAUGUGACAGAAGACACUGAUGCUCUUACAGAGGAGGAAGUAGUUACUAAAACAGCUGAAGAUAUUCCAGAUGUUACAGAGGAGGAAACAUAUGACAUUCCAGAAGUCAUAGAUGAGGAAUUAGCAACUGAAAAGCCUGAUGAUAUCUUUGAAUCCAUAGAGGACGAGUCAACUAUGAUGACUUCUGAUGUGACAGAAGACACUGAUUAUGCCUCAGAUGUUGUUACAGAGGAAGAAGUUAUAAAAUCAGUUGAAGAUAUUGCAGAUGCUACAGAGAACAAACCAUCUGAUAUGCCAGAAGUCAUUGACAUUGAUGAUACCUCAGAUCAAGAUACCUCUGCAGUUAUAGAGGAGAAAGAAUCAACUGAAACAAUUGAAGAAGCAGCAAUUGAAACAGCAGAAGGUACUUCCUAUGUUACAACCAAAACAGAAUUAGAUAAUACAGAUGAAAAUGAAAUUCAGAAAUACCCCAGUGUUACAGAGGAGGAGGAAGAACCUGAAAAAGUUAAAGAUACUUUUGAUUUCAUAAGUGAGGAAGAAAAACCUAAGACAGAUGAAGAUGCCAGCACUGAAGAAACAGCCAAAGAGUCACUAGAAAAAGACCCUUUAUUGGCUGAAGCUACUCCAGAUGCCAUCUGUGUAAAGGAAAAGACUGAAGCAACAGAACUUGAUGAUCUUGAAGUCCUGGGUGAGGAUGACAUGAAAGUGGAAGGCAAGGAGGAGAAGGUAGAUGUGGCAAUUGCUGAUGCUGAAAGUGGUACAAAGAACCUGGAGAUUGAUUUAGAUGAAGAUGAGGUUGAGGUUUUAAAAGAGGAGACUAAAGAUCAAACUAUCUUGGGAACCACUGCUGGUGAAGAUGACAAUGAUGAUGAAGAGAAGCUUCUCCUUUCUCCUGUCCAGCAGGACCUAACAAACAGAGAUGAUGAAAAUAACAAUAACAAUGACAGAAAGAAAGAUGCCAUAAAAAGAGGCCUGAGCGGGAGAAAAACAUCAAAGAGUCAUUCCACUGAAACAGAUGACCAAGAAGCGCACACGCAUCUUCAUGAAGUUCUUGAACAAGUGAAAGAAGCCAAAGAGAAAAAAGCUAGAGAGGAGAUAUACAAAAUCAUUCAAGAUAUGAGGGAGAAGAAGGCUGAUGGUGAAGAGGAAGAGAUAACACUACAACAAAUAAACAUAACAGUAGAAAAAGUCAAGAAGAGAAAAGAACACGAGAAAAAGGAGAUAGAAAAUGCUAAAAGAAAAGAAAAAUCCAAAGAGGACAAGACUCGAGAACCAACAAAAAAGGACACCAAGAAAAAACCUGACAAAAAGGUCAAGGUGACUAAAGUGGAUGAGGAACCUCCUCUAAAAAAGAAGAAAUCUGGACCUGAGAAAAAGGUUAAACCAGCAAAGAAAGAUGUUGAGAUGUCCAAAGACAAAGCAUUACCUUUAAAGAAAGAAGCUGAAGUGGCCAAAAAAGAGACCAAACUAGCACCAUCUAAGAAAGAGCCUAACGUUACAAAAGAAAAGGCCAAACCAGCUCUUUCAAAGAAAGAAAAAGCUGAAGUUAUCAAAGAAAAGGCAAAACCAGCUCCAAAAGGAAAAGAUGCUGAGGUUGUCAAGGAAAAAGCUAAACCAGUAAAGAAAGAACCUCAGGUUAUUAAAGAAAAGGUCCAGCCUGCACCUUCAAAGAAAUCUAAAACUCCCAAGGAAAAAUCUAAACCUGUGAAGAAAGAAGCUGAACUCGCUGUCAAAAAAGCUAAACUUGCUCCUGUAAAGAAGGAGCCUGAGGUUCCCAAAGAGAAGGCCAAACAGGAGCCCUCAAAGAAAGCAGCUGAAGAGAAAGAAAAGCCUGUCCCUGUGAAGAAAGCUGAAGCCCCCAAAGAGAAAGAGAAAGCUGUUCCAGUAAAGAAAGAGGCUAAAGCUCCCAAGGACAAAAUUAAACCAGCCCUUUUGAAGAAGGAGCCUGAUGUUUCUAAAGGGAAAGAAAAACCACCGACUGCCAAAAAAGAAGGGAAGCCAACAACUGCUCCUGUUAAAAAAGAGCCUGCAGUUGCAGAAGAGAAAGUCAAACCAGUACCUUCAAAGAAAGAUACUGAAGCUACUAAGGAGAAAGUGAAACCAGCCCCAGUUAAGAAAGAGCCUGAGGUUUCCAAAGAAAAAGCCAAGCCAGUACCUUCAAAGAAAGAGGCUGAAGCUGUUGAAGAGAAGGCAAAACCUUCUAAAAAAGAGCCUGAAAUUAUAAAAGAGAAGGAGAAACCUCCAAAGAAAGAGGCUGUAGAAAAGCCCAAACCUGCUUCUGUAAAGAAAGAACCUGAAGUUCCAAAAGAAAAAGAAAAACCUGAACCUACCAAAAAAGAGGCAGAAGUUGCCAAGGACAAACUUAAACCUGUCGCUGUGAAGAAAGAACCUGCUGUUGCAGUUGAAAAGGCAAAACUUAAACCUGCACCAAAGAAAGAACCUGAAGUUACCAAAGAGAAAGCUAAACCAGAACCUGCCAAGAAAGAACCUGAGAUAACCAAAGAAAAACCCAGGGCACCAAAGAAAGAGAUCAUCAAGGAGAAAGUUAAACCAGCUCCUGAAAAGAAAGAGCCUGAAGUUGCUAAAGAAAAGACACCUGAACCAAAACCCAAAAAAGAGCCUGAAGUUAUCAAAGAGAAACCAGCACCUCCAAAGAAAGCUGAGGUUCCAAAGGAAAAGGCAAAACCAGUCCCAGAAAAGAAAGCACCUGAAAUAAUCAAAGAAAAACCAAAGCCAGCUCCAAAGAAAGAAGCUGAAGUCAUCAAAGAAAAAGUAAAACCAGCCCCUGAGAAGAAAGAGGCUGAAGUCAUUAAGGAGAAAGUAGCUCCUGUAAAGAAAGUGCCUGAAGUUGCAAAAGAAAAGGCACCUGAACCAAAACCGAAACCCACAGAGAAAGUUGAGGUUCCAAAGGAAAAGGAAAAAGCAGUCCCUGAAAAGAAAGCAACAGCAGCAGAACCUGAAAUAACCAAAGAAAAACCCAAAGCUGUGCCAAAGAAGGAAGCUGAAGUCAUCAAAGAGAAAAUUAAACCAGCUCCCGAGAAGAAAGAGCCUGAAGGCAUUAAGGAAAAAGUUAAACCAGCUCUUGAGAAAAAAGAGGCUGAAGUCAAGGAGAAAGCAAAACCAGCUCCUGUAAAGAAAGAAACUGAAGUUAUCAAAGAAAAAGCCAAACCAGCCCCUGAGAAGAAAGAGGCUGAAGUCAUCAAGGAAAAAGCUAAACCAGCCCCUAAGAAGAAAGAGGCUGACAUCAUCAAAGAGAAAGCUAAACCAGCCCCUGAGAAGAAAGAGGCUGUAGUCGUUAAGGAGAAAGCUAAACCAGCCCCUGAGAAGAAAGGGGCUGAAGUCAUCAAGGAGAAAGUUCAGCCAACUCCUUUAAAGAAAGAGCCUGAAGUUACUAAAGAGAAAGCUAAAGGGACCCCUGGGAAGAAAGAGGCUGAAGUCAUCAAGGAGAAAAUUAAACCAGCCUCUGUAAAGAAAGAACUUGAGAUAAUUAAAGAAAAACCCAAGCCAGCACCAAAGAAAGAGGCUGAAGUCAUCAAAGAGAAAGCUAAACCAGCUCCUGAAAAGAAAGAAGCUGAAGUCAAGGAGAAAGCUAAACCAGCUCCUGUAAAGAAAGAGCCUGAAGUUGCUAAAGAAAAGGCUCCUGAACCAAAACCCCAAAAAGAACCUGAAGUUGUUAAAGAGAAAGCUAAACCGGUCCCUAAGUUCAAAGAAGCUGAUAUCAUCAAGGUAAAAUCUAAACCAGCCACUGAGAAGAAAGAGGCUGAAGCCAUCAAGGAAAAAGCUAAACCAGCUCCUGUAAAGAAAGAGCCUGAUGCUGUUAGAGAAAAGGCUCCUGAACGGAAACACAAAAUAGAGGCUGAAGUCAUCAAAGAGAAAGCUAAACCUGUCCCUAAGAAGAAAGAGGUGGAAAUUAUUGAGGAGAAAGUUAAACCAGCUCCUAUAAAGAAAGAGCCAGAGGUUCCUAAAGAAAAGACACUUGAAGCAACACCAGAACCUGCAAAGAGAGUUGAAGCUCCAAAAGAAAGGGCGAAACUAGUCCCUAAAGAAAAAGCACCUGAGAUAACUAAAGAAAAACCAAAACCAGCACCAAAGAAAGAGCCUGAAGUCAAGGAAAAGGCUAAACCAGCCCCUGAGAAAAAAGAGGCUGAAGUCAUCAAGGAGAAAGUUAAACCAGCUCCUGUUAAGAAAGAGCCUGAAGUUCCUAAAGAAAAAGCUCCUGAACCAAAACCCAAAAGAGUCCCUGAAGUCAUCAAGGAGAAAGUAAAACCAGCCCCUGAGAAGAAAGAGGCUGAAGUCAAGGAGAAAGCUAAACCAGCCCCUGAAAAGAAAGAGACUGAAGUCAUCAAGGAGAAAGUUAAACCAGCUCCUGUAAAGAAAGAGCCUGAAGUUCCUAAAGAAAAGGCUCCUGAAUCAAGACCCAAAAAAGAGGCUGAAGUCAUCAAGGACAAAGUUAAACCAGCUCCUGUAAAGAAAGAGCCUAAAGUUCCUAAAGCGAAGGGACCUGAACCAAAACCCAAAAGAGAAGUCAUCAAGGAGAAACCUAAACCAGCGCCUGAAAAGAAAGAGGAUGAAGUCAUCAAGGAGAAAAUUACACCAGUUUCUGUAAAGAAAGAAGUCAUAAAGGAGAAACCUAAACCAGCGCCUGAAAAGAAAGAGGCAGAAGUCAUCAAGGAGAAAGUUACAACAGUUUCUGUAAAGAAAGAAGUCAUCAAGGAGAAACCUAAACCAGCCCCUGAAAAGAAAGAGGCUGAAGUCAUCAAGGAGAAAGUUACACCAGUUUCUGUAAAGAAAGAAGUCGUAAAGGAGAAACCUAAACCAGCGCCUGAAAAGAAAGAGGCAGAAGUCAUCAAGGAGAAAGUUACACCAGUUUCUGUAAAGAAAGAAGUCGUAAAGGAGAAACCUAAACCAGCGCCUGAAAAGAAAGAGGCAGAAGUCAUCAAGGAGAAAGUUACACCAGUUUCUGUAAAGAAAGAAGUCAUCAAGGAGAAACCUAAACCAGCCCCUGAAAAGAAAGAGGCUGAAGUCAUCAAGGAGAAAGUUACACCAGUUUCUGUAAAGAAAGAGGCUGAAGUCAUCAAGGAGAAAGUUAAACCGGCUCCUGUAAAGAAAGAAAUUUCAGAAGUCAUCAAGGAGAAACCUAAAUCAGCCUCUGAAAAGAAAGAGGCUGAAGUCCUCAAGGAAAAAGUUACACCUGUUUCUGUAAAGAAAGAAGUCAUCAAGGAGAAACCUAAACCAGCGCCUGAAAAGAAAGAGGCUGAAGUCAUCAAGGAGAAAGUAACACCAGUUUCUGUAAAGAAAGAAAUUUCAGAAGUCAUCAAGGAGAAACCUAAAUCAGCCCCUGAAAAGAAAGAGGCUGAAGUCAUCAAGGAGAAAGUUAAACCAGCUCCUGUAAAGAAAGAAGUCAUCAAGGAGAAACCUAAACCAGCGCCUGAAAAGAAAGAGGCUGAAGUCAUCAAGGAGAAAAUUACACCAGUUUCUGUAAAGAAAGAAGUCAUAAAGGAGAAACCUAAACCAGCGCCUGAAAAGAAAGAGGCUGAAGUUAUCAAGGAGAAAGUUAAACCAGUUUCUGUAAAGAAAGAAGUCGUAAAGGAGAAACCUAAACCAGCGCCUGAAAAGAAAGAGGCAGAAGUCAUCAAGGAGAAAGUUACACCUGUUUCUGUAAAGAAAGAAGUCAUCAAGGAGAAACCUAAACCAGCCCCUGAAAAGAAAGAAGUCAUCAAGGAGAAACCUAAACCUGCCCCUGAAAAGAAAGAGGCUGAAGUCAUCAAGGACAAAGUUAAACCGGCUCCUGUAAAGAAAGAAAUUUCAGAAGUCAUCAAGGAGAAACCUAAAUCAGCCCCUGAAAAGAAAGAGGCUGAAGUUAUCAAGGAGAAAGUUAAACCAGUUUCUGUAAAGAAAGAAGUCAUCAAGGAGAAACCUAAACCAGCCCCUGAAAAGAAAGAGGCUGAAGUCCUCAAGGAAAAAGUUACACCUGUUUCUGUAAAGAAAGAAGUCAUCAAGGAGAAACCUAAACCAGCCCCUGAAAAGAAAGAGGCUGAAGUCAUCAAGGAGAAAGUAACACCAGUUUCUGUAAAGAAAGAAGUCAUCAAGGAGAAACCUAAACCAGCCCCUGAAAAGAAAGAGUCUGAAGUCAUCAAAGAGAAAGUAACACCAGUUUCUGUAAAGAAAGAAGUUAUCAAGGAGAAACCUAAACCAGCCCCUGAAAAGAAAGAGGCUGAAGUCCUCAAGGAAAAAGUUACACCUGUUUCUGUAAAGAAAGAAGUUAUCAAGGAGAAACCUAAACCAGCCCCUGAAAAGAAAGAGACUGAAGUCAUCAAGGAAAAAGUUACACCUGUUUCUUUAAAGAAAGAAGUUAUCAAGGAGAAACCUAAACCCGCCCCUGAAAAGAAAGAGGCUGAAGUCAUCAAGGAGAAAGUUAAACCAGCUCCUGUAAAGAGAGAAAUUUCAGAAGUCAUCAAGGAGAAACCUAAACCAGCCCCUGAUAAGAAAGAAGCUGAAGUCCUCAAGGAAAAAGUUACACCUGUUUCUGUAAAGAAAGAAGUCAUCAAGGAGAAACCUAAACCAGCCCCUGAAAAGAAAGAGGCUGAAGUCAUCAAGGAGAAAGUAACACCAGUUUCUUUAAAGAAAGAAGUCAUCAAGGAGAAACCUAAACCAGCCCCUAAAAAGAAAGAGGCUGAAGUCCUCAAGGAAAAAGUUACACCUGUUUCUGUAAAGAAAGAAGUUAUCAAGGAGAAACCUAAACCAGCCCCUGAAAAGAAAGAGGCUGAAGUCAUCAAGGAGAAAGUUAAACCGGCUCCUGUAAAGAAAGAGGCUGAAGUCAUUAAAGAGAAACCCAAACCAGCUCCUGAGAAGAAAGAGGCUAAAGUCAUCAAGGAGAAAGUUAAGCCAGCUCCUGUAAAGAAAGAGCCUGAGGUUCAUAAAGAAAAGGCACCUGAACUAGUGCCAGAACCUACAAAGAAAGUUGAGGUUCCAAAGGAAAAGACAAAACCAGUUCUUAAAGAAAAGGAACCCACAAUCACCAAAGAAAAGCCAAAGCCAGCACCAAAGAAAGAAGCUGUAGCCAUCAAAGAAGCUAAAGCAGCCCCUGUGAAGGAAGAGGCUGAAAUUGUCAAAGAGAAAGCUAAACCAACCCCUGUGAAGAAAGAGGCUGAAAUCAUCAAGGAGAAAGCUAAACCAGCUCAUGAGAAGAAAGUGGCUGAAGUCUUCAAGGAGAAAGUUAAGCAAGCGCCUGUAAAGAAAAAGCCUGAAGUCUCAAAAGAAAAGUUAUUAGAGCCAACACCUAAAAAAGAUGAUGUUGGUCUUUUUGGUUUGGACUUGGAACUCCUGAACUCUAUCAACCAAAAACUGUCUCUUCUGGACUUGAUGAGGAAGGACAUUGGUGAAAUGAAGAGUGAUCUGGAGUCCACUCAAAAUCAAAUCACACUUUUACGGAUGGACAACAGAACAAUCAAAGAGCCAGAGACUGUCGGUGUAAAGGUAAAACCAGCGGUUUUCAAGGAAAGGCUGAAAACAGCAAAAAAAGGCCGCGAAACUCUGAUGAACAUUACUAAGACAGCACAUAUUAAAGCAGAACGUGACGCACUGAAAAACAUCACUAAACCAGCACCUGCAAAGAGAGAUAAAGAGGCUCCAAAAGCUAAGAUCAGACCAGAGCCCAAAAAGAAAGAAAUCACCUGUGAGAAGGUCAAAGAAGAAAAAGAACCUUUAAAGAAAGAACCUGAGCAGGUCAAAGAAAGAGUAGUCAAGCCAACUGAGAAGGUACCUGUUGUGGACAAGGAAGUAAAAAGAGAAGAACCUGAUGUCACUAAAGAUAUUCCAGAGAUAGAGGAGGAGGACGUUCCCUACUUCCAGUGUUUCUUUGUGGAUGAGGAUGAUACUCAGUAUCCGUUCUUCCCCUUUUCACCACCGCUGUGGUGAGUCCAGACAAACCUCUCAGUCUGAUGUUAAACAACAUGGCAAAGUGAAGACGGACCUGUGAACGCUGAAGAACCUGCUGCUCUGAUGCAGUGGAGAGCUUCACAGUAGGUCCUACAGCACUACACCAGCAACGACUUCCUGGAUUUUAAAACUGGAAAACUUCCUUCUCAAAUAAUUUGUCAUUUUGAAGAACAGAGGUUGCAAAUGUUGCACUAUUUAUUAUAUAAUCUUAAGGCUAUCCCUCUUUUUAUUAAUACCAUGGAUUUGCCUUUUGUUUCAGAAUGAUUAAUAUCUAUUUAUGUCUAAGAAGGAAUGUGUGUAUUGUUUGUCCAGACAGUGGACAAAGAGUUCCUUUCUGAACACUGCAGUGGGUUCAGAAUCGUAAUAUUUUAUGCAUACAAGGUACAUAACCUCGUUUUGAUGGGGUGCUAAUUCAAAGCAUUCCACUGUGUUUUCUGUCAGAAUGGGGUUUGAAAGUUGUUCACUGUUCGCACAACUGGAAGGGAGGAUAUAAUUAAUCAAGAAAUAACUAUUUCAUGUAUCUUUUCUUAGUAAAACUGUUUACUAAACCGUUUACAGAAGUAACAACUGCACUGACAAAUAAGAGCUUUCCACAGUUAGAUCAGUUCCUCUGAAUGUAUACAUUAUUUUAUUUAUUUAUUAUUUUUUUUACUUUAUUUAUGUUUUUUUUCUCUACUUUCCAUACAUUUUAUUUAAUAAAACUUAUCUAACUAAUCUAUACUUCACAGAGGAAACAAAUAUGUUUUAUUCAGUGCUCUUUAUAAAUGAACACACUGGAUUUUGCAUAACAAAAUUAAACUGAAAUGUGGUGCUAAAUCCAAGAAAAUGCAUUAAACAUCAAUGCAAACUGCAUUGUUUUAAUAUAUUACAUUGCAAACGCUACUGUUUUUACAUUUCUACGCAUAACAAUGGUUUAUGUACGAUAAUGUCUGUAAAAAUGUGGAUGUGUUUUUGCAAUAUAACAUGGAUAGUCCUACCUAAUAUAGAGCAGCCAAUUAAAUGGCAUUCUGAAUUGUCUAUUGCACAUUAUACUUAUACAGAAGAUAAAAUUAUGUGCCAGAUGAAAUGUACUGCAUGCAACAACAGUGUUUCUCAGCACUACCCCUGGUACUGUAGCUAGCUGGCUCAUUACUUCAUUUCUUGAUUUAAUGAUGUUAGUGAGUGUUUAAUGGUGUGUACUAGUGAGACACACCAUUAAACUAGUGCGCCGGUGGGCUGCCCCAGAGACAUUUCAUUUAUUGCUGCUGUCUUUUCUGCGGGAGUUCAGCAUGUGGCUCCAUCGAGGUUAAACUCAUGUCAGUACAAAGAGCUUUUUUUCUCUGAUGUACAGUAACUUAGGGUGACUGUAGAUUCUAUUUUUCCCAGACAUGUCCUGGCUAGGAUUUCUAAAUGGCCUAAAAUGUCUGGGUUUUGGCUUUGUUUUUGUACUUGCUGAAGGUAAUGACUGAAACGUAGUUUGUGCAGGCAUUGUGCUUAAUUGACCAAUUGUGGCAUGCAAGAAGGUGGGAUCUACAGAGAACGUUUAAAGUAAUGCAAAUACAUGUACAUAUAAUGUAUGAGGACUGUAAAAAGCAUGCCAGUAAGAAAACAAAGCCAAAAUCUAGACAUUUUAGGCAAAGUAUCAAUCCUGGCCAGGACAUGUCUGGGAAAGAGAAGACGUAUAGUCUCCUGUACAAAUGCAUAAAGCAAUGCUCACUUGUAACAGAAAUAGGUCUCUUUUGGACUUUUUAAAAAAGAUAGUUACUUUAACCAUGGUAGAUUAUAAACGUGUUGGUGUGUUUACAUGCAAACUGUGAAGCAAUGAAUAACAGCAUUUUACAAUAGUUCAUAUAAUUCUUUAAAAUUUGCGUAGUGUUAUUUUUAAAUCUAAUUUACAGUUCAUAUUUGAAAAAUAUGUUCCUCAAAGAUAGUUUUGCAUGAUUUUUGCAUGAUUUUUGUUUAAAAGUGUAUCUAAACCAGAUUUAAUUUGUGUUUUGUAACACACUAAAAAUGUAUAAUGUAAUAUUGUAUUCAUGAUUUUUUUUUUCUUUGCAUGGUGUUGCGGUCAGAUAUUCAAAAUCAUUCUCUUUACAAUGUAUAGCCAUAAACUGAAAUCAUAUUAUAAAGCUCUCCACAAAGUCAACAAUAUGGUCUGUAUGCAGAAUCAAACCAGCCUGUAUGCAGCUGUAAAUGCUACUGGAACUGUAAUGCAGCUGUAACUUUAAUUCAGACUUGAAUUCUGCUUAAGGUCUGAUUUACGUUUUAGAAGAAAUAAAUGUUUGCAAUAAUCACAACA